GACACAAUCAUGCUGUUCACAGAUUGUCGGAGGAAGCUUUCUGGGUAUUUUGAUGAUAUCUUCAUAUAUCAUCGAGCAUUUAUUGGAGAGGGUCCUUUAAAAUCUCUGAAGUCUCUGCUGAGGACUCACUGCACGUAGUUGAGGCCUUAAGGCUUGCCGGGCUCACUUAUACGUUCUCAGCAAGUAUUCUGCUACAAAUACCGCCGGUAUGCUUUUUGUCUCAUUGGUUGGUAUAUGGGCUUCCGGCUUGAAUCUUUUUGGGCAAAAGAGGAAGAA